UGGCGUUACCGCGGGCUCAAUUUAUUACAAGCAGUAAAAAUAUGUCCAUACUUGUGUUUUUGCUUUGAAUUCUUUGCACAUAAACAGUUCUAAGAUGUCUCACCAAGGGAAUCUGAUAAAGAAAUUGAUAAGAGAGAUGGAUAAUCCUUAUCACAUAGGGGAAGACAGUGAUUCUGAUGAUGAACGUGACGGAAAAAGCUCGGAAGAUGAAGCCGAAGAGAUUGCAUGUCAGAGCAGGAAUUUUAUAAGAGAACAAAAAGAUGAUGAUGAUGCUGAAGCUGAUGAUGAUGAUAGUGAUGAUGACUUUGAGAAGGAGAUGGAGAUGGACUUGGAUGCUGUGAUGCUAAGGCACUCCGUGUGUGAAGAUCAAUCAACUAACCCCACCAGAAACCCUACUGAACCGACAGACUCUACAAAUUCUGAUAAUCACAAGACUGCUGAAGAAGAGAAGCAAGAGUGCUACGAUGAGGAUUAUUUCAGUUCUGGAUCUGAGGAUGAGAAUGCAGUUGGAGGGGUGCCAUCUAAGUCUAGAGAACGCCGCAAAAUCUUGACAGAUGAUGAUUUGUUUUAUGAUCCUGAUAUGGAUGAUGAAGAUGAGAAAUGGGUGUUAAAACAACGACAAAUAAACAGAGAAAAAGGCAAGAAAAGAGUAUUACCCACAUCAAGCCAGGAUGCCACCUCAGACAGUUCUGGUGGCUCAAGUAAACAACAGAAAACCAAACAGACCAAAGUAACCAAACCUCCAACUAGCGAUGCAGUUCUCUCUUGUCCCGCGUGUAUGACCAUUGUCUGUAUUGACUGCCAAAGACAUGAUAUAUAUAAAAACCAAUACAGAGCCAUGUUUACUAUGAACUGUACUGUUGUUGCUGAUGAAGUUCUGAAAUAUCAAGAACAGACCAAUUUUGGAAAGAAACGCAGGGGCAAACACAAAGGGAAGCUAGUUCAACAGACUGAUGCUGGUGAUACAAGCACUAGGACAUAUGAGACCUACCACCCAGUGAAAUGCUCAGAGUGUGGAACUGAAGUGGCAGUCUAUGACAGUGAUGAGGUUUAUCACUUUUUCAAUAUCUUGACAAGCUAUGCAUGAUUCAUCCUCAGAAACCCACUGGUAAUUCUCUUGCGAGUGACAUUAGAGGAAAAUACCCCUGGGUUUCCAAGGAUGUGCAUGAUUGUACAGUGAGUGAUAAAUUAAUAAAAUAUAGCACAAAUCUA